AUGGACAUCAAGGGCGCCGCUAUUGCUGUUCACAUCGCCAUGUCAGCCAGGCUGAUCCCGUAUGCUGUUGCUGGUCGCUAUGCAGUCGAGCUUCUUUAUGUUAAAGGACCCGAUGGCCCUGAAUACGACAGCUGCCAGAAAACCCUCACAAUCAUAGUCGACUGCGAUGAAGACUAUGCUAUCAAUGUUCUCCUCGACUCAGGCGAACCUUUUGCCGUAACUUCAAGCCUGGGCCUUGUAUAUGAUCCACAUGUCGGAUACAUCAGCGCAGACCCGAUUUCCAUUGAAAUCCACCAAAGCCACCAAGACCCAUACUUGCUUCCCUGGAUCUCGUGGUCACCGAAACUUUGCUGUUCUAUCAACUCCGUGCUUUGCAUGCAGGUUCUGCACCCAAAAGUGUUUGUAAUUGCCAUGGCACGCCUUUGGAACUUCGCCCCGGAGCAUUGUGAUGCAAAGAGGUACCUGGCGGACGUUGUCUACCUGCUCCAAUGGCUGGUCGAAAAGAAAAUGGAAAUUGAUUUCAAUGCGUAUCGUGGACCGCGAAAACGUGUGCUGUUGAUGACGUUUAGUACUUUGUACUCCUUGUGCGAUGAAGUUAGGGGACUUUUGCAAAGCACAAUGAGAGUUGAAGAUUUCGUGGCCGUCAGAGAUGACAAUAUCCCUUAUUAUUAA